AUGAAUACAUUCCUUGAGAAACUUGGUAAGAUACAAUCAAACUUUGAUAACGAGUUACGUGAGAUGCUUAGCAAAAUUGAAAGAUGUAAAAAGCUUGCGGCGGACAACGCAAAAAAGUUCAAUACGGAACUCACGAAAUAUCAUAGCAAGCAAGAAGAAAAGAUUCGUUAUGUUUUCGAUGCUCCAGACAUAAACCACUACUUCACCGGGCGAACUCGGCAACUUGACGAUCUUCAACGUAUUCUAAAUCUUGGCGAUACUGGGCUAGAAAGGAAAGUUUGUGUAGCGGCAGUUUGUGGUUUAGGAGGCGUUGGCAAAACAAGUCUUGUCACUGAGUAUGCUCACAGGAUGAAGGAAUAUUACCAAGGUGGUGUUUACUGGUUCUCGGCAGAAGAUGAUACAUUUUUUGAAAAGUCUGUCAAUGAAACUGCGUGGAACCUUGGUGCCUUACUCGGGACGUUUUACUUAACAUUGAGAGAAACCGUCACAAGAAUUGGCCAGACAAGUAAACCAUGUUUAAUCGUCUUGGAUUGCUUAGAUCAGUUGGAUCUUUCUCCUCAUGUAUUGAAUUUUCUUACCCUCGUUUCAAGACAAAGUUUCUCAGCAGCUGUUGUUGUGAUGACGCGAAGAAAUGAAAAUAAGCUUGUAGAUGAGAUUUCAAAUCUUCGUAAAGAUCGUUGUUUUAGUCUGAAAUGUCUAGACAAAGAAGAGGCGAAGCAGUUUAUAUUUUGCAGAACGGAGUUGAUUCGCGAUGACAACACGAACAGUGUCGCCGAAAGUCUAGUUAAAGAGCUGGGAGGAUUGCCACUCGCUCUAGAGCAAGCAGGAGCUUGUAUUAAAGCUCUUCGUUGCAGCUUAUCUGAGUACCUUGAGCAAUUUCAAACUGAACGCUUGAAACUGUUGGAAAGUCAGAAAGCAAAGCCAGUAUCAGUCUAUGAAUCGCCUGAACGCCUGGCGGUUCACACGACAUGGUUGUUAAAUAUCAGAUACAUCCAAGAAAGCCGGCACGGUAUGCCCGCCAUCCGACUCAUGAACGCUUUUGCAUUCCUUAAUCCAAGCGAAAUCGAAGAGGAAUUAGUCAAUGUUGGUGAACGUCCAAUUGAAGACCAAGAAUUUCGUGAUCGU